AUGGCAUGCAAUCUAUUAUACGCUAUUUUAAUGCUGGUUUGUUCUGAAGUUUUAUGUAAAAUAAAUCGACACAAAAAUUCGUAUGAAUGUUUUGCAGAAUUGAAAUGUGGAGGUAAUACCAAUGAUCUAUCGACAGUUGUUCAAGGUUUGCCUGGUCCGCGUGGUUCACCGGGAGUUGCAGGUUUAUCUGGCCCUAUGGGCCCACGAGGUUUAAUGGGUCCUACUGGUCGUGAUGGUUUCACGGAACGUCCAACAUCUUUCUGCGCCGAAUUACAAUAUUUUGAUCUCACAAAAAUUACCGGUAAUGUACUUCGACCAUGGAUAUUAUCUGAUUCAUUCAAUGUUCCAACUGUAUCAAAUGAUUUUUCAGAAAAUACAGGAAUAUUUACUAUACCGAAAAAUGGUUUUUAUCAAUUUUUUGCUACUAUUUCGAUUUCUAGAACUAAGGUAUCAUUCGAUAUCAGAAAAAAUGAUAACCGCAUGUGUACGAUUUGGACAGAAGCAGUAAUUAGAAGUCAUAAUGAAACAAUUGCUUCGGGUUGGUCCAAUGCUUUCAUCGAUUGUCUUUUAUAUUGUCAAAUCAAUGAUCGAAUAUCUAUUGCAAUUCCUUAUUAUCUAAAUGAAAAUUUCGAUUCGGAGACUUUGGCUUAUUUAUAUUCAACAUUUUCUGGCUAUUUGUUAUUUAAUAUUUAA